AUAAUGCAGUUAGGUGGUCCUGACUAUACAGUACCAUUGGGAAGAAGAGACGGGUUGACAUUUGCGACAAGAAAAGUAACUAUAGCCAACCUCUCUUCACAAAUAAGCAACACUGGCACUAUCCUCGCCUCUCUUGCAACAAAAAACCUAGAUGCCACCGACGUAGUCGCCCUUUCAGGCGGCCACACCAUUGGCCUCAGCAGUUGCUCUUCCUUUGGCAACCGCCUCUAUCCCACCCAAGACCCCAUCAUGGACAAGACUUUUGCCAAAAACCUAAAGGCGAUUUGCCUCACGAACUACACGAUUGCCACUACUAUGCUCGAUAUCCGAAGCCCUAAUGCCUUUGACAAUAAGUACUAUGUUAACCUCAUGAACCGCCAAGGACUCUUCACUUCUGACCAGGAUUUGUAUAGCUACAGUCAGACCAAGCACAUUGUCAUCAACUUCGCCAAUAACCAAUCACUCUUCUUUGAAAAAUUCAUCAUCGCCAUGAUCAAAAUAGGCCAGUUGAGCGUCUUGACAGGCAGCCAAGGUGAGAUACGUGCCAAUUGCUCUGCUAGGAAUCCAAGUACGUAA